AUGGAUUUAUUAACAGAAUCGGGUCUUCUCGGCUGCAAACCGGCUUCUUCACCUAUGGCGCAGAAUCACAAGCUUGCCUUGGCAGCAGGACCAACUUAUGAUGACCUAGCAAGGUACCGAAGGCUCAUUGGGAAGUUGGUUUAUUUGACUAUCACAAGGCCCGAUCUUAGUUAUGCAGUGCACACUCUUUCCCAAUUUAUGCAAAAUCCACAACAACAACAUUUUGAUGCUGUCAUCCGAGUUCUGCGAUAUGUGAAGCAAAACUCAGGACAAGGUCUCUUCAUGAGCUCUGGCUCUAGUUUAUCUAUACGAGCCUUUUGUGACUCGGAUUGGGCAAGUUGCCCCGUUACCAAAAGAUCAACCACCGAUUACUUCAUCUUGUUAGGAGAUUCUCCAAUAUCUUGGAAGACCAAAAAGCAAGUCAAGAUCACAUGGGUUGUUUAG